AUGUCAGUGGUGGAAGAUGAGAACAAGUUCACUUCACUUUCUCACUUUGCUCCAGAAAUGGUGCGAGAUGAAGUUAACAAGACUCGAAAGUUUUUUUCUGGUCUUAAUGAGCGGAUGAGGCCGUUGAUCACGGCACAAUUCAUUAAGGUUUAUUUUGAAGCAGUGGAAAGGGCUUUGAUGCUGGAGGCUGAUAAUGAAGAGAAGGAUGCAAGAAGAGAGCAGUUGAAGCAAAAGAGGGGUGUAGGGCCAUCUUCAGAGGGAUCUUCUUGGAAGAGGAACAAGAGUGGUUCAUUUCAGUUUCAGGGGCAGCAGUCUGCACGAUCCGCUCCUACCACUCCUUUGCCAGCUGGGUCUAAUAAGAGUGGAGUCAUUUGUUUUCAGUGCCAGCAGCCUGGACAUUACAAGUCCAGAUGUCCUAUGAACUUGACCACAGUUUCUAUGCCAUCGAGAGCUUGUUACGGGUGUGGCCAGCAGGGCCAUCUGAUCUGA